AUGGCAAUAAAGACGGUGAGUGAUUUAUGUCGUCAAUAUUCGACAGUUUCUCAUAUUGAUCCAUCGACGAGCCAAGACAAUACAAUGGGUUUCAUGUAUUGGCAAUUGAACGACAUUUGGCAAGCACCAACAUGGGCGUCAAUUGAAUAUGGCGGUAAAUGGAAAAUGUCACAUUACUAUGCGAAACAGAUGUAUCAAUCAAUCUAUGUUUUACCCUAUCUCACAUACGGUGAAAAUGCCAAAAUAAGCACUUAUAUGAUUAAUGAUGGAAUUGCGAGUGAUAAUGAGCAAGGAAAAGUUGAAUGUCGCAAUGGUAUACUUUAA